AAGUCCUCUGCCUGAGAUGAAGUCAAGAGAGAGUAAAAAGAAGGCCCCGGAGGUAUUCAAUCGCAUGUUGCAGUCGCAUACCAUGCAAUUUACCAGCAUAACAGAGACGUCAAGCAAGGAUGGCCUCACUAUAAUUUGGUCAAAAAGAGGUGGUGAUGUGUUUGCACCGAGCCACUCGAAGUGGCUUCAGUCCGUGGCUGCUUACCCUGAUGGCAUACUCUUCAGACUUGUACCCAUUACUUCACUCUUAACGGGAAUUCCGGGGAGUGGCUAUCUCAGCCAUGCAAUAAAUUUAUAUCUACGAUAUAAGCCAGCUUUAGAGGAUUUACAGUGUUUCCUUGAGUUUCAAGUUCCUACACAGUGGGCACCAUUAUUCUGUGAGCUGCCUCUUAGGCAUCAAAGAAGAGUGGCAUCUUGCCCUGCAUUGCAGUUCUGUUUAUUCGGCCCAAAGAUUUGUGUGAGCCCUACUCAGGUUACAAGUGGUGAAAAGCCGGUCAUUGGUUUGCGCUUGUAUUUGGAAGGGAAAAAAUUCAACCAAUUAGCUAUACAUGUACAGCAUCUUUCUAGUUUACCGAACAUUAUGACAUCAAAAUCUGCUAACCCAACCUUACACAAGCCAUGUCAGUGGCGAGGGUCCGAUGAUUAUGAAUCUAGUGACCAAUUCUUAGAACCGGUCAGAUGGCCGAGAUAUUCCAAUGUGUGCUCAUCUGUAGUUAAGCAUGAUCUAAGCUGGAUGCAAGGCGAGACUAGUGGCGUAUUUGUGGUAACUGGCGCACAGCUUAUCAGCAAAGGGAAGUGGCCUAAGACGGUGCUUCACCUGCGUCUACUUUUCUCCCAUCUUCCCAACUGCACAGUACGAAAGACAGAGUGGGCAGCUACACCAGAGGGUACUCAUAGGUCAAGUUUCUUGACAAAUCUCAGCACAACUUUUACGUUCACUCAGCGAACAAAGGCAGAUGCUGCACCAAAGCAGCAUCCUGCUGCUCUUAAUUCAGGCGUAUAUCCAGAGGGACCCCCGGUACCAGUUCGAUCAACAAAGCUGCUCAAGUAUGUAGAUACGGCUGAGGUUGCACGAGGGCCAUAUGACACUCCUGGACAUUGGUUGGUAACCGCUGCUAAGCUUGUUACAGAGGGCGGUAAGAUAGGUUUGCAUGUGAAGUUUGCACUACUAGAUUUCUUAAAUGAAUCAUAGUUUCUUUUGUGUACAUAUUCUGGGGUAGUCUUAUCUUCCAAUAUCUUGAUGAUAGAGCAUAUUGUUUAUCCAAGAAAUGGUGAAAAGGGGAGGAAAAUAUUAUAGGUGUUGUAUAGAAGAAAUUAGUGAAUGAAUGGAUUUAUUUUUUGAUA